CCAUAGAAAACACACUCCGCCCUACUAGUAUAUACUCUCUACUACAAAACCAAGAAGAAGUAGAAGAAAGAAGCCCCAAAUUUGAUUUGAGGUCAAAUAAAAAAUGGAACAAGGAAAUCGAGGCACCAUGGUCUCCAUGCUUCCCCAGCAGAACCAAAACCCUAUAGAGCAGUUGCAGGCUCGCUUCAAGCACCUCGAGCAUGGCUUUCGCGCCUGGCUCUCCAAGCAGUCCGUCCCCGUCGAGGCCGCCAUCGUCACCGUCACCAGCGGCGCUCAGGGCGCCGCUAUCGGCGGCAUCAUGGGUACUCUCACCGGCGACAUCUCCUCCACCCUCCCCACUCCUCCGCCUCAGGCCGGCGGCCUCAACCCCCAGACCAUGGCCUCCUUCAAGCAAGCUCAGGCUCUUGCUGGGGGUCCAUUGAUACAAGCUCGGAACUUUGCUGUGAUGACGGGUGUCAAUGCUGGGAUAUCUUGUGUUAUGAGGAGACUGAGAGGAAAGGAGGAUGUCGAGUCGAGCAUGGUGGCUGCUUUUGGUUCAGGAGCCCUGUUUUCAUUGGUGAGUGGUUUUGGUGGCCCCAAUCAAGCACAGAAUGCACUUACUUCGGGACUUUUCUUUGCACUUGUUCAAGGCGGACUUUUCAAGUUGGGACAAAAGUUUUCCAAAGUACCAUCUGCAGAUAAAGAUGUUUACUAUUCUAAAACAAGAAGCAUGUUGAGUAACCUUGGCCUCGAUCAGUAUGAGAAGAAUUUCAAGAAAGGCUUGCUAACAGACUACACUUUGCCUCUGCUGAAUGAUAGUGCUCUUAAGGAGGUGAGAAUCCCUCCCGGACCAAGGCUUCUCAUUCUUGAUCACAUUCAGAGGGACCCAGAGUUUCAAGAGAAGCGGAAAUAUUAGUAGUUGAACAGCCUAUUGGGUCAUUAAGGUUGCCAUGCCUUCCAAAGAAGAACGUGUUUAUCCAGUUGAAAAACUUUAGAGUAAGGGAGAUAUGUUUUCGAGUUGAGAUAAUAUCAUUUUAUUAUUAGCUUUAACCUUUACAUUUUGCUAGUAAGUAAUGAUUUGCAUAUUUUGGUUUUUA